GGCCGGGGCGGGGCCGCGAGCGGCAUGGAGGAGGCGGAGGCCGCGGCGCGCCGGGCCGAGCAGCGCGGGCCCGAGUGGGGCCCCUGCGGGGCCCGGGGUCCCUGAGCCAUUCCUGAAGUCAUGGGCUGUCCAGGACAUUGGUGACCCCCCCCAAACCGGCAUGGAUGACUGGAAGCCCAGCCCCCUCAUCAAGCCCUUUGGGGCUCGGAAGAAGCGGAGCUGGUAUCUUACCUGGAAGUAUAAACUGACAAACCAGAGGACCCUGCGGAGAUUCUGUCAGACAGGGGCCGUGCUUUUCCUGUUGGUGACUGUCAUUGUCAACAUUAAGUUGAUCCUGGACACCCGGCGAGCAAUCGGCGAAGCCAAUGAAGACCCGGAGCCAGAGCAAGACUAUGAUGAGGCCCUAGGUCACCUGGAGCCCUCACGGCGCAGAGUCAGCGGUCCCCAGCGGGUCCUGGAUGUGGAGGUGUACUCGAGCCGCAGCAAAGUAUAUGUGGCAGUGGAUGGCACCACGGUACUGGAGGAUGAGGCCCGGGAGCAAGGUCGCGGCAUCCAUGUCAUCGUCCUCAACCAGGCCACGGGCCACGUGAUGGCAAAGCGAGUGUUUGACACAUACUCACCUCAUGAGGAUGAGGCCAUGGUGCUGUUCCUCAACAUGGUGGCGCCCGGCCGAGUGCUCAUCUGCACCGUCAAGGAUGAGGGCUCCUUCCACCUCAAGGACACAGCUAAGGCUCUGCUGCGGAGCCUGGGCAGCCAGGCUGGCCCUGCCCUGGGCUGGAGGGACACCUGGGCCUUCGUGGGACGAAAAGGAGGUCCUGUCCUCGGGGAGAAACAUUCUAAGUCACCUGCCCUCUCUUCCUGGGGGGACCCAGUCCUGUUGAAGACAGAUGUGCCGCUGAGCUCAGCUGAAGAGCUUCGCUGCAUGGGGUUGAGACCCUGCUGCUCCCAAUCCCAUGUGACCCCUUGCCCUGCUCAGUGCUACCCAUGGGAACUGAGGGCCUGCCCCUCCCUGACCCAUUUUUCCCUCCCCUUCAGUCUGAAGAAAGAAGCCUAUGAAGUGGAAAUUCACAGGCUACUGAGCGAGGCGGAGGUUCUGGACCACAGCAGGAACCCCUGUGAAGACUCUUUCCUGCCAGACACGGAGGGCCACACCUACGUGGCCUUUAUCCAAAUGGAGAAAGAUGAUGACUUCACCACCUGGACCCAGCUUGCCAAGUGCCUCCAUAUCUGGGACCUGGAUGUGCGUGGCAACCACCGGGGCCUGUGGAGAUUGUUUCGGAAGAAGAACCACUUCCUGGUGGUGGGAGUCCCAGCCUCUCCCUACUCAGUGAAGAAGCCACCAUCAGUUACCCCAAUUUUCCUGGAGCCACCCCCAAAGGAGGAAGGAGCCCCAGGAGCUGCAGAACAGACAUGAGACCUCCUCCAGGACCCUGCAGGGCUGGGUACUAUGUACCCCGUGCAGGCUGGCCCUCCACACAUCCUGUAGAUUUUGUAGAUGCUGGUAGGGGCUGGGGCUGGUUUGUUUUUAACAUAAGACUUAAUUACUAACUUCAAGGGGAGGAUUCCCCUGCUCCAACACCCCUGUUCCUGAGUCAAAGGUCUAUUUAUUUUCUCCCUUGUUAGAGAAGGACAGGAGAGUGCCUGGGAAUCACUGGGAUCCCUGGGCAGCUGAUCCUGCCCUUUGUACACCCCCUCCUCCCAGGCCUGCCUCAGAAUCUAACCUAUUUAUUGACUGUCCUGAGGGCCUUGAAAACAGGCCGAACCUGGGGGGCCUGGAUUUCUUUCUGGGCUGGUGUGCUGCCCUUAGGGUAGGGCCGGCUCUUACUCAGGAAACUGCUAUGCCCAUCCCAUGGACAGGCCCAGCUGGGGCCCACAUGCUGACACAGACUCACUCAGAGACCCAUAGACACUGGACCAGGCCUCCUCUCAGCCCCCUCUUUGUCCAUUUGUCCAGAUUUCCAAAGCUGGAUAAGUUGGUCAUUGAUUAAAAAAGGAGAAAACCUCUGGG